UCAGAUUUAUAGUCAAUAUGUGUCUAUUUCUGAGCAAAUGCUAUUUGAAGAGGAAGAGAAUAAGAAACUGAAUAACUACAUAGAUCAAAUUCUUCAGGAACACGAGGAUCGAGCGCCAACCAUAGCUCGACAACGCGAAGAUAGUAUCCUCAAAGAAAAGAAAGAAAAGGAGGCUGCUUUAGACAGUCAAAUUCAAGCACUUCAAGGACAGUUAGCUGAAUUAAGAGCCCAGAACGUGCGUUUAAGCACCCACAAUGAAUAUGCCGAUUCAAAGGAAAAACCAUUGCAGGGCAACUUGGAGUCUUGCAAGAAACAACUUAACGCUUUAGAAGAUAAGAAUAAGAUUUAUGCCUGCACAAUUGCUAAACACGAGCAAAGCAUUGCAGUUUUACGAGACGAAGCGAUGAAUGCUCAGCAACUGCUUGCAAGCGCAGAGAUAAAAGUUUCGAUGCUUCAAGAAGAAAAGCAACUACUUCAAGAUCUUGAAAAAAGCCUUACAGUUGAAAGAAAUGCAUUGGUAAGCGAGCGACGUAGCCAAGGCCUUCUUCAUGCCAACGCAAAUUUUAAUUAAAGGUGUAACAGUUUGCAUGAAUAUUUACGCCGCCCAUCACAAUCCGGAAUUUUUCCCUGAUCCGGAAUCUUUCAAACCGGAUCGAUUCCUGCCGGAGAACAGCGUCGACGACAUCUGUACGCUUUUAUUCCAUUUAGCGCUGGCGUCCGCACUUGCAUCGCGCAAAAAUACGCCAUGAUUGAGCUGAAAGUUUGUCUGGCCAACAUUUUACGGAAAUCGAAAUUUUCUCUUUCCGAUCCAUCGGCAUGAAAAAAAAAUAAAUAAGUUUGCAAUGGCGUUGCUGCAACUUCACGCGCCAUUGGCGGAGAAGACUCAUCCGAAUGCCAUAUGCUGAAUGCCAUAUCGCCCUUUCCGGAUGCUUCCGAGACGCGGACGUCUUUCGAAUUUGAUUAUUCAGCCCUGGCGUUGCCCGUUCCGCUGGAAUUCGCUGACACGGACCGUUUGCAAGAUGUGCCUAUCGACGGCUUUGAUAAAGAGACUGAAGGCUGCGAUGUUCCGACUAUACCGGUGGAGAGUUUAAAUGUUAUAAGUUAUAUGUUAUACGUCGCAUGUUAUAAGUAACGUUGAUGAAAUAAAUAAAAUAAA